AAAUAAUUAGACCUUGAAAGCUUUUUAAGGUUAAGAUUUCUUAUUAACACUUUGAUUUCUUUCUAACUUGUUCUGAAUUUCUCUGGAGGUUUCAGUUUUUGUUUUGUAUGUUUUUCUUUAUUGUUUGUAUUGUAAGUAUUCUUGGCUAGUCCUGUUUCGCGUUAUGCGUUCUUUAUGGAACAUUAGUCUCCUUCAAUUUUACAAUGUUUUUUGCUAUUUUCCAGAGAUUGUAAUUUGUACCUUUGGUGGUUUCUAGGUUUAUUAUGUAUGUUUCGAUUAUGUUAUUGCUAUAUUCCUUGAGUAACUUUUUCACUUGUCUGUCGUAUAUCGUUCUAAAUGUCGAUAUUUCCUCCAUGUUUUAUUCAUUCUGCAUUUCAUUGGUGAUAUAGAAAGUACUGUCACUGUUUGAACUAUCUUCUGCCUCCUCAAUAUUUUCUCUCGUUUUAAAUCUUAUGCUGCAAUUUAUCUGACUAUCUAAUCCCUUCCUGAAUUCAUUUCAGUUAAUUUUUCCAAUUAUUCUUUAAGGAAGUCGCGUUCAAAUAGUCGAAGAGACAAGAUGUAUAGCACGUUUUGUGUGUAAAUAUAAGUGAACGAAUAACGGUAAUAAGCGAGCGCAAGUGCGAAAUCGAAUUAUAAUACUCGAAUACCGGGAUAUAACUAAGUCAAAAUGUCAAAAAAGAGGAUGUCCAUCUCCUUCACUAAUACUUACUGUCGCAAUAUUACAGAGAGAUGAUUGUUGUCAAAAAUAUGGACCACGAGAUACUGUACGAAACUAUAUUAUUGUCUACUAUGAACUAAAAAUUAUCCUCCAGGUACAGCACAUGCAAUACAUCAAGAGACAUUUCCGAAAAAUGUACAUUAUGCCCUCAUUUCGCAAAUUGCAAAGCGUACACGAAUACAGAAAUCUACAAACCUCGAGGUAAAUUAGAUAGAGACACAAAAAUUAUCAGAAGUAAGAAAUAAGAGAAAAAUUAUGUUUAAACCAGAAAAGUUAACACAGAAAAAGCAGAUAAUAAUAACUAUAUUAAUAAUAACUCAAUUCUGAACCAAUUUUUACACAAAUUGGAAACACAGUUCAUGAAUAGAAGCAAUAUAAUCAUAAAUACGUUAACGACCGUUACUGAAAAAUAAUAACAAUGGGUUGCGACUUAGAAAUAAUCAUAUGAAACGCAAACGAUUUAAGGCAGCGAAAGAAAAUGGAUAUGCUCCUAUUUCUAAAAACAUAUUUCACAAAUAAAAACUACUCCAACAUCUUAACAUAACUUCAACAUCCAACAAAAUAUAUUCCAUGCUACAUUCAGACGGAACCACUCAUUUUAAGGUACUGCUACAAUUAUUAAUCCCUUGAGCGUCAUAGGUUGUCACUGAAAGUGUUUUUCAUACUAGCAUGAAUUUCCCGCUACUAGCGUAUAUGUACAUUGUAAGCAAUACACUAUCUUGAGAAUUAAAUUUAACAUUGAACAAAAGAAGAUAAAUUUGAACAAGUCGGCCAGUAGGAUGAAAUAUUUCAAUGUCUAAUACAGCAAAGUCUUAUAAGUUAACAUAUCUGACAUAAACAGUGACAUACACAAUAAUUUUCAUAAUCUGAUUAUAUCCGUCAUUUCCCCUGUGAAUUGACUUUGAUACUGACGUAUAUAUGCUACAUAAUCGCUUGAGGGAUUAAUGGAAAGAUGCCACACCGUGAAAUAAAUAAUACGAACAAUGUUUCCUUCGAAUCAUGAACAUCAAAAUAAAGAACUCAAGAGCUUCACUGGUUAUAGCUGCGGUAUAUUAUCUCCUAUGAUGUCGAAAAUUUCUAAAUAUGUUAAAUGAGAGGUUUAUAGCAGGAGAAAACUGCAAUGCAAAAUAUCCGCAAUGGAGUUUAAGACUCAUCAACUACAAAGGUGAUAUACUCCAUAAAACAAUGUUAUCAAGAGGAUACAACUAGAUAAAUCUACUUUGUUGGUCAACUGAUUCAGUAAAAACUUCCUUUGACUUUUAUAUUACAAAGGGUGUCUCCCUAAAUUAUAUUAACUUUUAUUCCAGCUUUAAUCUCUUAUUAGAUUAGUCUUCGAAUGUUAAUAUAUAAUAAUGUUAUAUUAACAUUGAACUCUAUCAAUUGUAGGAAAUAAAACACAAUAUUUUUGCACACCACAAAAACUAACUAGUAACUCUCCCAUCCGUAAGAGAGGAAAAUAAUUCGUAGGCUAGAGAAGAUCAGAAUGAAGCUAAAAUUUUCACGAUACACUUAUCUAAAGUCUUUUAAUCCGAUGCCGAUUUGACAUCUGUUUCAAAGAAGUAACAGAAGAGAUGGAAUUACUGAAUAAAAGAAAAAGCAUGUGGAUAUAAUUUAAUAACUGACAAAAUUUUAACAGAAUUACCAAAAACAGUACAUAAUCACAAUAAGCAAAUAAAUAAUCGAAUAAUCAGAAACCAAUAAUUUCCAAUACGAUGGAAAUUUUCUGAAAUCAUCCUUACUCCAAACUUAGAUAAAUAUCUAACUACUUUCCUAUAGAUCGAUUUCUUUCUCAAUUAUUUAUAGCCACCCUGUCAAAAUUAUCUGAGAAAUUAUUUUUAAAAUAAGUAAAACAGAUAAUAAAAGAAAGUUGUUUGAUACUGCGAUAUCGAUUUGGAUUCCGGGAACACUACUGGAAAGCAAGCAAGUCAAGCAAUCGAUAGAGUAUCGCAUACAAGCUAAUUAUACAAACUCAAACAAGAACUGCCACACAAUUAUUAUAUUCUACAGAAGUUUUACUUAAACGAAAAAUAUUUUCACGUUAAACAAAAUGGCAAUUUCUUCAAGAUAAGUCCCAUACUAGCCAGUGUUUCUCAAGAAGCGUUCGAGUCUCCAUGUUAUAUCAGAUACACCUGGCUUUCUUCUUAUAUAGUGAACGCGCACUAUACAAACAAAAUCGAACCAUCAAAACUUCUACAGAAUUCUUCGGAAAAGAUAGCUGUGUGAACCUAUGAAGACACAAUUAAAUAUCUUGGAAUGUAUCUAGAAAAAGAACUUAUGGAGAGAAAUAAUAUAUAAAUAGUGAAAAAAUAAUUAUAUUUAAAAGUAUUAGACCCUGGGAUACAAAUCUUCCCUCAUAUUACAAAAAAAUUUCUGUUAUAUAAAGCUACUUUCUUAUAUGGAUAGAUGGUAUACAACUCUGACCAAGGAAGCAACUUGAACACUAUCCAAAGAUUUCAAGAUAAAGCUUUGAGAAUAGUAACAACCGCUCUGAGGCCAGCAGAUAUACCAGAAAUUCUUUGGUUUGAAGAAGAAAAUGAAUUAAUUCGUAGUUGUGGAGUACUUUCUUCGGCACUUGGACUUCGCAAAAGUUUUAGCACGAGCGACGUAUCUCAACUGCCAAGUCCAGAUAUAUUGGGGCCGAAUGGGUUGCGAUCUGCUGUAUCUACUUUGGCCCUUAACACUGCCCAAAGAAAUACUUUGCUUUUGGAACAUGCACGACUUGAUCAUGCUUCGAGAUCCUGCAGCACAUGGGUUGCUGUUGGUGAACCAGUCGCCAAUACAUCGCAACUUCCUAGUCCUCAUGGCGGAGCUAUGCAAGAACAACAAUGUCAGCAACAAACAUCCAGUUCUCAAUCAGCUCAACAACCUUCUACUGCAUCACACCCAUCCAUACCUUUCACAGGAGCUGAUUUUGUUAGGUCUGUGAAUAAGAAGGUUCGCCAAAAUUAUAUACGCCGAAGAUUGUUAACAACAUAUCGUGCUUUGGAGCGACUUUCACAAAGCGAAUUCAAUUUAGAUCAGUUGGAGGUUGUAGCGAGUGCAGCACAAACAGCUUCUGGAACUACAUUGUUGGUCCCUGGAACAACAGGUACUACAGGACCUGCAUUAUUGGGACAAAAGGAACGAAACCAUGCUUUGACCAUUAAAGACGUUGAAAGAGAACGUGGAAAUCAAUUAUCCAAAUAUGAAAGAAAUAUGAUGAUCUUUAAUUGGCUACAUACUCUUGACGAUACUGCUAUUGUUGACAGUACGGAAUAAAUUGUGUUAGCACUGUUAGAGGCCGAAAGAUUUAACCGGUUAAGAUCGUUAAGAAUUAAAACCACCGUAAAAAAGUGCAAGGGCCAGAAAACGUUUUAUUUUAAAUAAAAAGACAGAGAAUACACAUUACCGUGUAAAGGGAGAUAAAAAUGGUGUUAUGGUGGAAAAUAUAUCCAGAAUUCAGAGAUGCCGCCCAUAAGUGUAGCCGAUGGUUUACUAAACCAUGAUACACGCAGAUUUCGCUAAGUAGUUAAUGACGGAGAAGUAUCUAAUCGAUUAUGUAGAUCUUUUGACCUUUGAUACAGGGUUCUAUGUAAAUCCGACGCUUUUUCCACCGACACCAGAUAUACAUUUGACCUAUAACAAUUUCGAAUGACAACAACCUUAACUAACUUACAGUAUUAUCGCAGCGAAAUAACAUUUUCGGUAAAGUCUGGUGUCGGUGAGUUGUUGUCGAUGAAAACAGUGUCGGUGAUUUCAAUGGGACUCCUGAUAUAAUAAUCUUGGGCGAUUAUAAUUAACCUUUCCACUACGCUUAACAUUAACAUUUAAUUACGAUACAUGUUAUAAAAGUUUGUAUCAAAGUAUAUUAAAAUUAAAAUUUCUCACAACAAA